UUCAAGUCGCAAAUGUCGAUUUGGAUUUAGUGUUUCGAAACAUGGCAGACGUUAAACUUACAUCAAAUCAAGAAAAUCUCGUGAAAGAAGCGGCUAAAAGUGAGGGUUUCGUUGACUUUGAUAUUUCGGCAAAUGUUGGUACUAUCAAAGGUGAUAAUUAUUUGGGAAUAAUACAUUCAGUGACUGUCAAAGAAAAAAAUGACGAAACAAAAGUUUUGCAUUUGAUUUGUAAAAGUGCUUCUGUGAUAGAUAAUUUUAGAGGUAUGAUGCCCAUAAUUAAAAUGUUUAAACGUGAAAGAGACUUAUAUGAGAUUAUUGGUAAACUUAAGGAAUAUCAAAAUGAGAAAGCUCUAUUGCGACCAUUCGAUGGUGUAGCAAAGUUUUAUGGCAGUUGUUUAGAGGAGAAAAACGAAACCAUUUUAAUGGAAAAUUUAAAAAAAUAUGGAUAUAAGUUAUGGGAUAGAAUGACUCCCAUGAACAACGAACACUUAUCGGCAGUGUUUGCAGAGUACGCAAAAUUUCACGCCCUGUCUCUUGCAUAUAAGCAUCAAAACCCUGACGGAUUUGAAGAGCUUUCCAAGGAUAUAAAAACAGAUGUAUUUAUGGAUAAUGACCAAGAAAAUGGGAAAGAAAAGUUUGAGAAGUUUCUUGAAUAUCAUUUCAAAAAUGGUUUGAAAGCGGUCGAGGGAAAUGCCAAAGCUACUACGGAGCUUGGAAAAUUUCGUGAAGUUAUUGGUCAAAAGUUUGAAUUAUUGAGGAUGUCAGAGAAAGCUGUGAUUACCCAUGGCGAUUGUUGGUGCAAUAACAUAUUGUUUAAAUAUGAGAAAAGUAACGCUCCUAGCAAGGUAUGCUUCAUCGACUGGCAAUUGUCAAAGCUUGGAUCUCCUGCUAUGGACCUGACUUACUUUUUGAGCACAUCUGGUUCCAAAGAAACGUAUCCAAACAUAAACAAGUAUUUAAAAAUAUAUCAUGAAACAUUGUCUCAGAAUCUGCAAGAGCUCGGUUGUAAUCCUGAAGAAAUCUUCAGCUUUGAUGACGUUUUGGAUGAAUGGAAGAACACAGCAUGGUACGGAGUGUUCAUUGGCAUGAUGAUGUUGAAAAUUAUGCUGACUGAAUCAGAAGAAGUUCCCGACUAUGAAAAUUUUAAUCCCGACGAUAUGAAUUCUUUCAAUUAUGAAGCUAUUAAACGAUCGGCAGAUUUUAAGCAGAGACUUUGCGAUCUAAUUGAAUUUAUGGCCGAUUAUGGUUAUUUAUAAAUACAUUGUGAAAAUUAUUUAAAUAAAAUCCACAAAAUAUUACGUAUUUUAAUUUUAAAUGUAUAUCGUCAUAGAUAAUAAUAUUAUUAUCAGGAAUAUGUUUUCAUAUAGGUAC